UUUAUAUCCUUUCUACUACCCCCCAACCUCUUUAGUUCCCUUUUUCAGUGAGACAUUUCAGUGAACACCUUCUCUGCAUUCUUAACAGCAUUUCCAUAACUCUCCCUUCUUAACUAAAAUGGAGAAGAAACAAGGGUUUUUCUCAGCUUUAAAAGACGAAGUUGUUCGUGGAUUAUCACCGGGUCGGUCUAGGGGUCGAAGCCCAUCACCUUCCGGGUCGGGUCUACUCCGUCGAAGAAAAGGAACUCACGCGCCACAACCAGAAGUGUACAUUUCAAGAUCGGGUAGUUUAAGGCCAUGUGUUGAGACAUUGUCGCCAUUAAUGGAGGGUCCGGAUCCAAACGGGUCGGAAAUUGGAGACUCAAAAUCUGACAGGUGGUGGAUGAAAGGUCAGUUAUGUCGGGCCCCAUCCGUUUCAACUUCCGGGUCAGGUUCCGGGUCGGGUUUGCAAAGGUCGGAUCUGAGGUUGUUACUUGGUGUCUUGGGUGCGCCGCUUGCACCGGUGCAUGUUAGCAAUAAUGAACCUUUACCUCAUCUUAGCAUCAAAGACACUCCCAUUGAGACUUCAUCAGCUCAAUAUAUAUUGCAGCAGUAUACUGCUGCUUCCGGAGGUCAGAAACUUCAAAACACGAUGUAUAAUGCUUAUGCAAUGGGAAAGGUGAGGAUGAUGGCAUCAGAUAUUGAGACGGCUACGAAGGUAAUAAAGAGCAGGAAUUCGUCUAAGACAGCCGAGUCUGGGGGAUUUGUACUCUGGCAAAUGAACCCUGAUAUGUGGUAUGUUGAGCUUGCACUUGGUAGCAGUAAGGUUCACGCCGGUUGCAAUGGUAAACUUGUGUGGAGGCAUACCCCUUGGCUCGGUGCACAUGCUGCAAAGGGACCAGUUCGACCAUUGAGACGAGCACUUCAGGGACUUGAUCCAAGAACUACUGCAAACAUGUUUGCUAGUGCAAAAUGCACUGGAGAAAAGAAGAUCAAUGGUGAGGAUUGUUUCAUUCUUAAACUUUGUGCUGAUCCACAUACAUUGAAAGCCAGGAGUGAAGGACCAGCCGAGAUCAUUAGGCAUGUUUUAUUUGGCUAUUUUAGUCAAAAAACAGGGCUGCUUGUACACCUGGAAGACUCACAUUUGACCCGAAUCCAAACAAACGGAGGCGAUGCUGUUUACUGGGAGACGACAAUCAAUUCAUUCCUUGAUGAUUACAGGCCUGUUGAGGGGAUCAUGAUUGCUCACUCUGGACGUUCAGUUGUAACCCUUUUCCGAUUUGGUGAAACAGCUAUGAGUCACACAAAAACCAGAAUGGAAGAAGCGUGGACUAUUGAGGAAGUGGCAUUCAAUGUUCCAGGCCUAUCUGAAGAGUGUUUCAUUCCUCCGGCUGAACUAAGAUUUAGUUCAAUUGGUGAAGCAUGCGAGCUUUCUCAAGGAGAGAGGGUAAAGACUACUGUAUCUGCCGCUGCUGCUGCAGCUUACCGAGCUAAGGUUGCUGCUUUGGAUAAAUCACGAGAUCGCAGCAAUGUCAAUAACAUUGUAUUGAAGAUGAAUUAUUAGAUCUGUCUUUAAUUUCUUUAAGAUGUUAGGUCUUGUUGGUAUAAAUAGGCUGACAGAACCAGGUAAGUAGUACUUAGUAAACUAGGUGUCAGAUGAUUGAGGAAUUUUGAGGUUUUAUAGAAGUCUAUCUCAAUCUGUAAAUAUUCACAGGAUAUCUUCUUGUUUCAAUUAAGAUUCCUUCUGUGGAGUCAACUCUA